AUGACAGGUUCGGAGAACAGCAGCAGUAAGGCGCCAAAGGGCCUUGGGAGCACCGAGGCACUGGUUGUGUCUCAACUGGGAGGGCCGUUUGAGCUGAAGGAAGUCCAGUUGAAGGACAUGCGUAGCGACGAGAUUGUGGUCAAGAUGAUCGCCACAGGAAUCUGUCACACGGAUCUGGCGACAGCUCAUGGCUUCAAAGGGCCCGGCUUGCCCGCUGUUCUCGGCCACGAGGGUUCUGGCAUUGUCGAGCAGGUCGGCCAGGAAGUUAAGCACGUGGCUGUGGGCGACCACGUAUUGCUCACAUACAAUGCUUGCCUUGAAUGCACGCCUUGCCGGCGCGGGAACUUCUCCUACUGCCGGUUUGCAGAGCAAGCAUGCUUCGGCGGGUCGCGGCUGGAUAAUACACGGACGUUCUCCCUGAAUGGGGAGGAUAUCAAUUCGGCGUAUUUUGGCCAGUCUUCGUUUGCAAAGCGGUCCAUUGUGCGGGGAUUUUGUGCCGUCAAGGUCGACAAGUCCCUGCCGCUCGAGGUCCUCUGCUGCAUAGGCUGCGGCGUACAGACAGGCGCGGGUACGGUCAUGAACGUGCUGAAACCUCAGGUUGGGUCCUCAGUUGCUGUAUUCGGGGUAGGAGGAGUUGGGCUGGCCGCUAUAAUGGCCGCGAAGAACUUCACCCCGGCCACAAAGAUCAUUGCUGUCGACGUCGUUGAUUCAAGACUCGAAAUGGCCAAGGAGCUGGGUGCAACGCACACGCUCAACUCCAAGGGCCGGGACAUUGUUGAACUUAUACACUCCGUGACCGAUGGCGAUGGCGUUGACUGUGCUAUGGAUGGAACAGGGAAUCUCGCAGUCGUACAGGCCAUGAUAGCUGCAACGGCGAACAAUGGGAUCGCUGCUACAGUCGGUGGCGUGCCUGCUGGUCAACAUGUCAACAUUGAGCCGGGCAGUUGGAUACAACGGGGUGUUAGCUACAUCGGAUCUUGCCAAGGGUCGUCGGUGCCUCAGAAGUUUAUUCCGGCCUUGGUGGAGUUCUGGAAGCAAGGCAGAUUUCCCAUUGACCGGCUUACCAAGUCAUAUGCGUAUAAAGAUGUAAACAAGGCAAUUGAUGACAUGCAUCAUGGCCGGACCAUCAAGCCCGUCCUCAUUUGGGAUGACUGAGGUUCGAAAAGAUUGCUUCUAGGAGGUAGAAGGGGAAAGGUUGGCCUGAGGGAUGUACGGACAGCUGCAUAAGGAAGGACGACAACAGCGCCGGAUGCCGCCUUGCUGGCUUAUAGCGCUCUGUAGCGUAACAAUAUCAGGAACAAACAUGACUGGCAUUGUCGGC